AGUUCACAUAGCAAGAAACACCAUACGAGAGACAAGUACAGAUACAAUCACGUAAAUGCCGCCGUCAAGGUGCUUGUCUCUAGACCUGAGAUAAUGGGUGAGCUUUUUUUUAAAGAUAGAAACUCUGAAUUAAAUAAAAACAUUUAGUUGUCAUUUUAAAAGAUGAUUAGUGUGACCUUUGCAGAUUCACCUUUGUGAAUCUGUCUUCCUGACUGAUUCGGGGCGCUCGAUGCAACUUCGAAGGAUGAGGGUAGAGAAAAGAGCGCAGCUGGAAGGAAUCCAGAUAAAACAAUACGAUCGAAAAGUAAGGGCAAUUGUACAAUAUGUUAUCUGGAAAUCUAUCUGAGCAUAUUAAAUCCAUGUAGAUUACGGAUGUAUGUAUCUGGUGGAAAUCAAUUGUAUGAUAAAUUUUGAAUGUAAUUCCUUGUUUCAAUAAGACUUGUCGGUUGGAGUCCAACUAGCCGCAAAGGCAGAAUAACCCAAAUAAUACGAAUGGUUCCCCAUCAGCAUCAAUUCAUCUACUAUGCAUCACGAGAACCACAAGGGGGCGCAGUUUUACCAAGUCACUCAAAGUAACAAACACGCACGACAAGAUUGGAUUGCAAAUUGCAUAAUUUGGCUACAAUGCAAUUUAUUAAAAUCAACUGACUGGACACGCGUGGAAAAAUAGCUAAAUCUGUUUCAUUGUACAUAGCUCACACAAUUCUAUAACCGCGGUUUUGAUGGGGUAAAGUGCGAUUAAAUACACAUUGUCCCCGUGUGUGUCUCAUAGCCUCGAUGGUAAAUUCUUACUAAGUAUACUAUGUCAUCACAAAUCCAAAGAGAUUGUGGACAAAUUACGGCAAAGUCUUAUCUAACACACGCUCAUACUUUGUAUUUAUCAUAUAUCCCAUAGGCUAUACAACUAUGAUAUUAAUUACUGCGGUAAACUAUUUUCAUGUCGGGUGUGCACUUAGUCUGAGCCUGCACAAAUACACAAAUUUGGUGUAUGUGUGGAAUAAUUGGUAGAUCUUGAAAUCGCAUUCGCAAGUUGCAGCAGUACAGUAAAAUAUAUUAUUGCAUGCUUGAUGAAAAGAAUACUCCGCAUUACUCCAUAAAUCUUUGCAUUCAUUUAUUGACCUACUAAAGUAUUUUCUUUUUUAAAUGCCAGAUGAAAAGAGUAGUCCGCAUUACUCGCAUUAAAUAGCUCUUUCUGUCUUUCCAGACGUUGUGUUUAAUUCCACCAUUGGCCUACUCGGUGUAGCCGCGCAAAGAAAUUUGACGAGCGGAUAGUUUGACAGUUUUUCAAAGAAUUGAUUUAUUAAAGGAGCAAUCUCUGGCGACCUUUGAAACACAAACUAACAGAAGGGAAAAGAGAACUGGAUAAAGAGAAGGGCAGUAAUUGGCGUAAGUGAAAGCGGAAUUACAGCGAAACCUCUUUUCGUUUGUCAUUUAGCCUCGGACAGUAAGGACAGUGCGCGUCUCCCAACUUGCCACAACUACCCGUGGAAUCGUAUUCACUUAAGUUAGGUUUUCAUUUAUUAGCUCUUUGUUAAUUGUGGUUUAGGUUGGCUGGACUUGCACCUCAUUGUAACCGCGGUUACUUAACGUCGCGAGAAAAAUGCUGUCCUUCAUACGCUCCUGGCUGCCCGGUAUACCUGGGUGGUUGACAUUUGAGGCGAACCCCCUGGAUAGCCUGCUACAAGGGCUCGUGGGCGCGUGCGGUGUUUCAGUGCUGUGCAGUUUGAUGAGAGUUCACCUGUUCCUGAAAGCUACGAGCGACAAGGAGGAAAGGUGUGGUAAAAAGCCAUCUGGCACCAAGGGAGGGGCUGUAGGCAGUUUGGGCCGGACUCUCCAGUUCUGGAUUCUGACCGGGCUCCUGGGCUUGAUUGGUCCUCGGGUCGCUUCCCUUGUGGUUCUGGAGUUCUGUCUCCGAGCUGGGUCGGCCAAGAUCACUGCCGGAGCGGAUGUGACGUCAAGUUAUGCCCAGUCGCACCUGGUGCAGUGCCAGUUCUCUCUGGGCUGCGCCCUGAGCUGCAGCCUCCAGUUCCUCCAGGAGGGGGCGCUGCACCGCUCGCUCAGCCUGCUGACGGCGCUGCUGCCGAGCUGGCUGCUGGCCAGCCAGAGCGAGCGGCUGCGUCGCCACGCGACGGCGCUCUACCCGCUGCACAGCUCCCAGCGGUACUGCGGCCUGUGCAUGACGCUCCUGGCGUCGGGCCACGCCCUCCUGCCCCACCUGUGCCGCGCCGUGGUCGUGACGUUCGCGGUGGCCGCCGUGGCCGCCAUCUCCACGGUCAACCACCACUUCCUGUCCGCCGCGGACACCCUCCGGUUCUGGACGCCGCUGACUAUAUGCUACACCAUGCUGGUGGUGUACAUGCAGGAGGACCAGCAUCGCCGCCCUGGUGGCGAGGUUUUGCUGCACACAGCGGUGGUGCGCCUGGGGGCGCUGCUGGGGCUGAUGCUGAUGCUGGGGACCUGGGCGGACGUGGGACACAUCCUCCUGUGCUUCCUGGGAGAGAUGGCCUGCCUGAUCCCCUCGCAGGACCUGAUGGACUGUGUGACAGAGGAAGAGAGUCAUGAGGCUGUGAACAAAUCCCCACGAAGACUGAGCAUGGACUCUAGCCCAGUGACACCUUCAGAGCUGGCUCUGCCUUCCAGCAAAGAGCUUUAGGAGUCUCCCUCCUGUGGCAGGAGAAACUGUCAGCAUUUUGUGGACCCCUAUCUCCCUCAGCAAACAGAUUGUAUGCAAGCAGUGCACACACAAAACACCCCACAUGUGUGCACACACAAGGAGCACCUGCAUACGUGUGUGUAAGCUCACAUGCAUACACACAAACAAAACACACACGUACACACGCGCAUGUGCACAAGCACAAACAUACACUGGACAUGCAGAUACGCACCCUGUAAGGUGGUGCUGGGUGCAGAGCAAAGUGAGACGGGACUAUCUUCUCUGAAGGACAUGUGUGCUGUUACAUAUCUGUGUUCCAUGUCCUUUUCAAUCAUUUACCAAAAGCUGCUGCAUCAGCGGAACAGGAGGAGCAGAGAGUGGAAGGCCAGACUGUAUCCUGGAAUCUGAAGCUAGAAUACACAGACAAAGGGGAGAUAAGCGGGCAGAGAGGUGAAUACAAAGGUCAUCCAGGUCUGUUUUCUAAAAAAAAGCAAACAACAUUUUUAAAAAUAUCUUAUCUCGCGCAUAUAAAUACAGCUUUAAAUUGCUGACUAUAAUUUGAGACCUAACCUACAGGGAAAAUGUGUUGGGUGCACCCAACCCAGCACUGUCUCUUGGUCCAAGUUUUCUCAGUUGUACCACCACCAGUCACUUUUUACCACAACAGGCACAGAACUGGACAAAACUGAUGAUCCGUUGAUUUGAACCAUAAGAAAUUCCAUUCUGCAUUUAGCUUUGGACCUCGUUCUGUUUGCUCGUCAAAUUUGAAUGGCUUGGCCUUGUAUCUUCUUUCCGGUCACAUGCAAUGUGCAUUGUCCUUUGAAGACUGAAGAGAGUAAAGCAGGGAGUGUGAAAAGGGCUGAGUAAGUGCAGGAGCCGGAAUGGCGGGUAAACAGAGCUGGGGUCGGUGGGAAGACAAUGCAGUGUCUAUGGCCAAAGGACGAUGAGGCAACUGGGACAGUCAGACCCCCACCGACAUGCAGAUCAGACUCCUGACUCGGGGCUUUCCCAAUUACCGAGUAAUCUCGGUGAGGAAGGGUUAAAAUAAUAUAGGUUGCAACGCUAUAAUUUAGUCUAGAGAACACGAUUCUGCAGGUGUCCUCAUAACCUGAAAAGGAUAUAUACGUUUUCCAGUUAUCCAUUGCAGUGACAGUGUCCACUAACUUUCAGAUGUGUUCACUUUGAGGUCCUGAUGAAAAUGUUGCUGGUGAUUCCACAUAAAGUUGGCAUGUCUUUUUGAUUUGUUGUUGUCCUUAAACCACCACUACCUUCUGUUUGACAUUAAAUUAUUACGUAAGUGUUUGAGGAAUGUUGCUUUAUAAAGAUAUUAAUACAUUUGG